UAUAGCGUCUGCCACCAUGGGCACUACAGAAAGACCCUCGAGACCCCGGUGGAGCUCGUUGACGGUCGUCGGAGACGUAGCAAAUUAACUACCUCGCUCGUGAGGAAGUGUCAGCACUAUGAGGAAAAAGUUGAGCAGCGGUUGUCAUUAAUUAUUGACGACCCGCCGAAAAUGCGGCGGCCCCGUGCGCGACAGCGCGAGAGGCGGGGUCGGAAUGUUGGGUACGCAUUGCUAAAUAUCGCCCGUUCCACCUGCCCUUUCCGGGCUGUGCCAUCGCUGUCCUGCUUGGCCGGCGCGGCUAUCGCAGAGCUAGUGGAGCGGCAAUGGCCGGAGGAGUUCGCCCGCGCUUCGGGUUCGGAGCGUGGCCCUGUGCAGCGUCAGGAUGGUACACACAGCAGCAAGGACGGCGAUAAGGACGCAGCUGUGGAC